AUGUCGACGGGCAUGGCGCAGUCGGCAUCUUCCACCUACUCCUUUAGCUCCGCUCCAAAGGCUGUCGGAGCGAGAAAGAAGUAUCGAGAGCCGGGUCCUGUGGACUCUGGCCUGUAUCGCAGCGUUAAGGAGACAUGCAUCUCCUGGGACAAGCGAGUUCACCGAGGAAACACAUACAGCAUGUAUACCCAAAAUGCAAUCAAGGAGGCAAUUGAAACUGCCCAGAAAUCGCAGGUUUCGCCCAAGGUUGCCAAGAAAAGAAAGCCAAAGGAAAAGUCGCUAUUCGACAUGCCCUUGCCCGAGCAUGAGCGUGUCCCAGUAGACCUCACAAAACACCUCGUUGCCAGCGAGGAGCCUUUGCAGGUCGAAGUAGUUGAGUGCCAGACAGACGAGUUCCUCCCAGAACCGCCGCCGGAGCAGUACCAGCCGCAGAGGAGUGGAAUUGAUGCCUCUACACAGGUCGAGGAUGGAGAGCUUUUCGACUUUGAUGCAGAGGUCGAGCCCAUCUUGGACGUGCUGGUCAUGAAGACAUUGGAGCAAUCCGUCAUGGAAGUAGAGGAGGAGCACGAGCUGUCCUCCAUGACAAGCUUCAAGGGUGCAUGGUACGAGAGGCAGAAGAGCAUGAUGGCGGCUUGGCAGGAACAGGUUGAAGAGGAGUGGGUGCGAUGGCAUCAGAAGGAAGCUGUCAUGGCAGCGCAGCGCGCGCAAAAGGAGCGCGAGGCUCGUGUGCUCUUGAAGAUCCAGGCAGUGAAUGCCGCGAAGGGGCAUCUGGCCGACAUCCUGCCAAACGCUGUGGAAGACCUGAAGGAAGUAGCAUUCCCGGAUAGCCGCGGCCUUGCCAUCCAGAGGAGCUUUAUGCAGGGCCUCUUCAAGCAAGUGCAGCAGGAGGUCUCAGCAGUGAAGCGGGCACAGCAACAGGUGGACGAAAUCGUGGCCCAUAGCGUUGCAGAGCAGCAGGCGAGGUGGUCCAACAGCCUCCAAGCACAAAGAGAGAAAUGGACGGAGGAGUUGCAGAUUCGACGGGGGAAAAUCCGAAUUCUCAUUGACGACGGCAGCGGAAACCCUGUGCCUGUUGGGCCCAUCCAACUGUCAACAGCUGAUGCCGUUGAGGAGCUCCAAGCAAGAGUGUAUGUUUGGCUCCAGCAGAACGAGCCGAAAAUUGCUUCCGCCUGGCCUCAUGGGGUUGUGCUUCGUCUUAGUGGUGAGCCUGUGCAGCAGACGAAGCAGCUCUUCGAGGCAAAGCCUGGACAGAUCUCCAUGGGACCGCAGGACCCGCCGCCGCCUCCUGAUGAAGUAGAAGAACCAGUGGAGGACGGGGAGGAGGAGGAGGCAGAGGCGCGUGUCAUGAAGCCACGUAUACGUAAACCUGCAUAUAGAUUCAGAUGGACAUCCAGGAAAGGCCCACUGCAACUAGCAACUAGUGGCCAAAACAUGCAGGAAGUGCAUCUGCAUGGAAGCGUUCUGUUUGAAGGCCGCCUGAAACUACAGCCCUCACUGCAGGCACACUGGGGCAUUGUGAGGGACUGGUUUGGAACAAAAAUGAUUCCCAUGCGACAGCUUGCAGACAUUGCCGAAGGCUGUGAUGUCAGCUCCUUCCUCCCGCCGAUGGCGGCGCGGUUGGAGCAACUCUGA